GGGUACGUCAUCAAUGUUUGCCGCCCUGAACGUUAGCGAGGAAGUGACAGCGCUUGAUGCAGAAGAACACACAAGGGAAUUACAAAUUGAAGAAGGAUUCAAGGUGUUCCAGCAAGCGUUGAAACACCAGAAGAAUUGUUCAUUUGAUGAAGCGAAAGAACUAUACAAAGAGCUAUUCCGCAUAGAUAUAAUCUCAAACGAGCUGGUUACGUCCCCUUUGAUUCGUACAUUACGUUACCUUGCACAUCGAAACCGAGGGCUGUUGUACUUUGAUGAGCUUAGGAACAAGAUAGACACAAUUGAUCCCCUGGAGGCUAUAAAGAUAUUGGAUAAUUCGGUAGAGGAUCUGGUAAACUCACUGGUUCAUAAUGAUGGAGAUAACAAUAUAAUCAAUCUCUUGAUUGCCAUCUUCAAACUCUUUGGUAAGGAGAGACUGUCACGCUUCACUGUGGAGUACGAACUCACCAAGGAGGACAACGAGGACGUUAUAAUCAAUGUCAAUACGAGAAUGAAUGCACCAGUACUAAGACCUUAUCUAAAAGAGCUUACCUUGAUCAAGGACAAAUUAUCAUACAAAUCUGAAAAUGUGGAGUCCACGUUCAAGUUGCCCGAUGUUAGCUUUUUGCAAAGAGUGAAGAAAUACCUCGAUGAGAGACAACAGGAUGCUACAAUUGAUCGAAAGAAAUGUAUCGAACUCAGCGAGUUGAGUGUUAAGGAGAUCUUGUCUGCUCUGUCUUUGCCCUUAUCAAGGUCAAAAGCCAAGUACCAAAGGUUUAUGGAUGCGUAUCAGCUUAGAGAGGAUAUAAUUGUUGAUUUCAAAUUCGAAAUACCAGAGGAUAUUUCCCCCAAAUCAACACUUGAAGCUACUGAGAUAAAAUCUGAUCAUAAUGUGGAAGAAGCGAAACGCCAGUGUACAGAUGAAGUUCAACAAAGAGUAAGUAAGAGAACGAAAACUUCUGACGAUGAUCCGGUCAGUAACGAUUUCCUCUCUUAUGGCCAACGGUUUCUUUCUGCUGUUGGAUCGUUGCUCGGACAGGACAUCAGAUACCCGUUGACGGGUGAACUUGCAGCUGCAUCUGGUGACUUCGUGGUGCUGUUAAAUAAUUGGAAUCAAAAAUGUUCAAUGUUUUUGUUGGAUUCAUCUCAAGAUCAUGAUGAUUUAUCCAUAACUGAAAUCAUCAAUUCAAAUUCCGCCAACGAGAAAAAAAUAACGAAUGACAUUGAUGAGACUUCUGCUAUGAAAGGUAUCAAAGAAUUUGUCGAAGAUAUCAACAAGACAUCUUAUUCUUAUUCUGAAGUACGUAUCAAGUUUCUUCAAUUCUUUAUGUCAAAAUUUGACGGUGGUGGUUCGUUGAUUGAGAGGUACUUUCUUGGUCCUGGAUCGUACGCUAUAAUUGAGGGUCUGGUCAUAGCGGUUGAGGAUCAACUUUUGGAUAUAAUACCAAUGGUUUCUGUACUUGAAGUUCUGUUAGAAUACCUGUUAAGGUUGAAACUAGAGUCAAAGACUAAGGGAAUCAAUGGGAAACAGCUUCAAGACAUUGAAUUUUCCAUAUUGCAUGUGGACAAGUGCUUUUUGAAAUGGCUAAAACACCUUGAAGAGGUUGAAUUGGAGGAUAAAGAUCAGCUUCGGCUUAAAUGGUGCAAACUCCUGUAUAUCCAACAUUUGCCAAAGUUUGAUCUAGAAUUCCUACAGGACGAGCUUUCACUUCUUGUUGAACGUUGCGAAAUAGUUUUGGAUAAGGAUGUCAUCUCCUUUGUGAAUUUCAAUUUUAUCCCUUCAUUGUCUACAAAGAGUAUUAAAUCCCAGAAAGACAAAAUCGAUCUUAUUACGACUUUUGAAAAGACCUUAAACAGCAAUGACGGAGACAACGCCGAAAGUGAAGAGCUCCUAGAGGCUCUUCUACUCGAUUCUUCGCCAAAGGCAUCUUUAGUUGCCCCACCUUCAAUGAAGAAAUUGGUAAAUGAGAGUGGCGUUGGGCCACAACUACGACUUUGGAAAACACUUUUGAGAUCAUAUGCCAAGCGUCUUGACUACAAAAGUUACACAACGGCACUGUUCAAACUGUUUGGGUUUUUAUUGAAACGCAUCUCAGGUGAUUCUUACUCUUCCCUACCAGAAGUUCAAAGAACCCAAACUUUACUUACAGUUUUGGGAUCCAUCGCAAACUUCCUAGAAGAGCUGCUUUCAAUGAUGGCUGAAUGCAAUUGGAACAGCUCUGGGAUGGAUCAAUCUUUAAUGCCAGUGGCCAUUUCCAUAUUCGAAAUUGUAUACCCAUUUUGUUUGCAAGAGGUUUCCAAGACUGACACGAAACCGCGUUUUGUUUUAAAGUUGAGAGACCUUAUCCUGAAUGUGUUGUCCCUUAUAAUUCUUCUCAACAAUGAAAAGGAUGAUACAUCUAUCGAAGUGUGCAUCGAUCUAUUAAGUGUGAUUCACGAAGAAAUUGGACGAUUGAAAUUCUGUGAUGCCUCUUCAGGUAAGUUCUUACAGCUAUCUCAAAACAUGCUAAAGACUGCAGAUCCAACGAAGUUUGAAUAUGACAUUCUACAGCAUCUCAACUGUCGGUUCCAUAUAUCUAUCUCUUCAGAGAACUUCACGCCAUUUGAUCAUGGAACAUCCAAAGUCGAGCUUGACAUUACUUCUUCAAUUCAGUUCAGCAAUUAUUUAUUCAGUGUGCUUUCAAAGAAAAAGGACCCCCUUGUUUCAAUUCCCAAGCCUGACCUCAAGAGCGCGCUUGACUCGUUCUAUGAAGCAAUCGGUGAUCCAGACCUUGAAGAUUCGUAUAUUUUCCACAAUAAGUCGGUUUUAGAUCAGUUUCUUGCUCAACCUCUUGAUUUACCAGUAUUGAAAAGUGCAUUUUGCGGGGACCUUUCUCUCGAGCUCAGAAGACUAAGAGGAGAAACCCAGAAGAUCAUAAGUCAGGGUCUAUACUAUCUGGAAGCUGCUGCUAAUUUGAAUAUGUUCAAAGCGAGAAAAAAACAAGCACAGGGUAAGGUAUCAGAUCUCGAGAACGUUGUAAAACAACUGACUUCGGACUUGCUUUCAGGAACAAAUCGUAUGGAGACUUGGCUCCUGCUCGGUGAGGCGUACUCUUUACAGGUUGAAGAUGAUCUUACAUGGACUUCUGACAAGUUGAACUCUUUGGAAAAGAAGAAUGCAGUUGCUACAACACAGAAAAAAUCUAUUCUCUGUUAUUCUGUUGCUUUAAGUAUGUUUCUCCAGCAGAAUACAUCUAUGAAUUCAACAGGCGCUAGAAUCUGCAAUUUGUUUUCGAAAGAACUUUAUCAUUCAUUGAUGAAACCUCUUGACAAGUACGCGUUCUUGGGCACAACAGAGAAUUCACUCCUGAAUGUUAAUGAAAUUAUAGCCAAGAGAACCACAUUGGACGAUAGGAAGGCCAAUAUUGUCAUCAAAUUGGCUCUAAAGCUGAUUAAGAUGUCAUUGAACUACGAUCAGUCAUCAUGGGUAAGCUACUUCUAUUUGGCAAAAGUUCUCCAUAAGCUGCACCAAAACCCUCUCAAGAUUAUUAACGCUUCACUUAAAUCAUGCUCACUGAAUUAUGGAAUCAUUGAUUCUGGUUAUCAGCUGUGCUCUUUCAUUCACAAAUACUACACAGCUGGCAUGAUAACUGAGAGUAAAGGUGCUGAUAAGCUUAAAGAAGCCAAACUCUUUUCCGAUUUACCUGCCCCGGAAACUUUGGAACAUGGUUUGUCAAGUUUACUUAUACUGGCACUAAGAAGGCUUAUUUCAUUAGAUAAGAAGAAAUGGCAUCAUAGACCUAAGUACAGGAUCGCAAAGAUUUAUUGCGAACUUGGAGAGUAUCGGAAAGCAGCGGACGAAAUGGAGACAUUUGUAUUACUGAAAUCCAUGAACAAAAGUUUGAUAAACAUCUGGAAAACUGAUAUGGAGGCACCAGGAAAGCACUUUGUCUAUACAUAUCAGUAUUGUCUGUUUUAUAUCAACAUUUCUGGACAUCUCUGUGAUAUAGAACGUCUCUCGUUGUUUAUCAAAAAGCUGCGUCGGUUUGGUGCCAGUAUCAUUGAUCUUCCUGAUGCAUGGGAUAAGUCCUGUAAUAAGAUAUGCUAUCUAAUGAGACAACUCCUCCAUGUGGACCAUGGAUACACAGAUGUUGAAGUUCCCAAACUACUCUACUCUGAGUUUAUGGUCCGCCAACAAAAGCUUACAGACAUGCUGGAAAACAACCCCCUUUCUGAUACUGAUAUUUUCUUCAUUGUCCUUCUUUAUGAAAUUUCUGAGGUUCGAAGAAUGAACAAUGGUUUUGGAGCUACUUCUCUGAUUGAUGAUACUUUGAAUGCAGUUUAUCUCAAGUAUUAUUUACGGAAGCUGGAUGACCAACCAGAGCUUCAAGUCACUGCAUCUGGACCACCCGACCCUUCGGUCAAAACCAAAGUGGCUAGAAGAGAUAUAAUCACUGCAGCCACAACGAUGUUAAAGAAAUUGGAUACUAAAAUUAAAGAUUACAAGAUUGCUGAAGAUGGCCAUUUCAAGAUUCCUGAGGACAUGAUCACUGAAUUGAGAUCGCUGGACGUUUCUCCCGUGGCUGCAGACGUCACUGCCUCGCCGCGCUCUGACAAAGGCCUGACGUCUUCUCCAAACGAAAGGGUUGCGCCAGCUACACCUUCAGUCGAUGCUGAUAAUAACGUUCAAAGUGAAGAAGAAACAUUCCACACACCACAAGCAACACCAAGUAAAUUAUUACCCAAGUAAAGAAUAAGGA